CAAUAAUGAGGUGGUAUAGGGUAUCGCUAGCUAAUUCUACCUUCAACAUUUUAAACAAUUAUGUGUAGCAGUUUAUAUCUCUUGUUAACCGUUUAAAGUGUCUACCUUAGGUCUGUAUUUGCAGAUCAGAAGUUUUACAAACAAAGUAUCCUUUAAAAUGUGAUUUUGUUUCAUUGCAGACUCUGACCUGAGUCCAGGAAUUUACAUACUCCAUUGGAUGUAAGGCUGUGAUGCUUCAUUCUGACCAUGGACCAUUGGACAUCGCAAACAUGUCAACCAACGAGGACAAAACAACUGAUUACAUGCAAAAUACAGUUAUAUGUCAACAGAAAUGUCAACAAAUAGUGUGUGUGAUUUAAAAGGAAUGUACCAAUCUCAUACUGGAAUGAAAGCAUAUUGUUUGUAUGAAAUGAUUUAAGCAGUAGGUAUGAGGCAUACUAUGGCCCAAAUGUAUGGAACAACGAAAGUCUUUCAGCUACUGGACUACAUUCAUUUCAUUCAAGUCUGACAACUUUCUCAGCUACUUUCUCAAGGAAUAUCUGAAUGUGACUUGAGCACACGCCCAGGAUAUUUUUCCUUAUAAUUAAUUGACAGUUUUUUCAAUUUGCUGUAGGUCAUAUAUGUAGCCUCAAUUCAACUGAUUACAAGAUUUUUUUCUUUAAUGAAUCUUUGAGCCUACAGCAAAUUAAUGAUUAUCUUACCAAUAUAUGCAACAUGCUGGAAGGAAAUUACUUUUAAUAUAUUUACGCAAAAUUCGGGAAGUCUUCAUUAUAAUGGAUGAAACUGUGCGUGCAACGACAAUAUUUUUCCAUGGAUUAAACAAAGAGAAUGGAAUGAACAUCAAGUUAUAUUCUUAAAAGAAAUUUUUACGGAGUGAUUUAAUACAAACCAGUGCUAAAGGAAUACAACGUUUAUGGAUGAAUUAUGCAAAGUUGAAACCAAUGUGAUGAAUUACUGUGAUACAAACUGGAAAUGGCAAGCAAAUACCUCUGUGAUAGCUAGUCAAGUAUUGCCACGGAACCAUGGUGUGAACAAAUGAAAUUAAUGCAAUUUUGUGAAUUAAUGACCAGCCCGGUUACUUACAAGGAUAAAGAGUGUGUAUCAAGUCAAUAAUUGGAUAUAACGGUGUCAGAGCCCUGCCAUUUAAUACCUUCGUAUGUCCCGACAAGUGCUUAUAAAUAAAUUGAUUAUAGAUUGCUGCAGAUAACUUGGGGAUACAUUACGACAUUUUCUAAGUCUACGCCUGUGAUUUUAUUUAUUAUACGAUGGUUAUACAUAGUGCCAACCACUGAUUUUAUCAGUGAUCACUAAAGGGAGAUAACACACUGUCACGACUUCCCCGCUACAUGUAAUUCCCUGUUACCGGUGGUAUUGAAUUGACUACAGAGUUCUCCCAUGAGAGAGAUUAAAACUGGCCAUUAUUGAUGCGAGUUGACAGGGAGUAACGGAGAGUGUAUAGACAAGUUCUAAUUGGAGCUAGUGGAGCGGAUUGCCAGCAGCCGCAGCAGCAGUAUUGAUACUGAGGACCAGACUUUAGUCAACCUGUGACUGACAGCUAGUCGUCAGCAUAGACAUGUCGACUAAACAUCUGACUAUCAUUGCGCUAGUCCACACUGUUUUCAUAUUCCCAAAUUUUCCAAAUUUAGUCAAUUCAAACCCAGGUAUUACUGCAAUCACACCUAAACCCCUGGGGGUUGGGGAGAGUGAUAAAACGAAUGGAAGCGAGUCCCUCCCAGAAACAACAAAAUUACAGUCCAAUCUGUCAAGUGUACAGGCAGCAAAGCCAAUAUCUGUGUCCAGUUCCAACGAGUCCUCAAGUAACACAAUGACCUCACAGAUCCCCUAUUCGCUGCUAUCUACUCUGCUGCCUGUAUCGGCAGCACUGAAGAGUCCUAGCAAUUUUACUACAGGCACAUUCCAGUCACAACAGCCAUUCCUCAAUGUGUCCCCAACUCCGGCGGCCAGCCUCUCCCCUCGUGCUGUCAAUGAAACCUUCCAGAUCUUCCUUAACCCACCAUCAAUCAAUGAACUGCGAGUGAAUUCUAAUCAGACCAUCAUCUUCAACUGUACAACUACAUCAGGCCGGAGUGCGACGACACGUCAAUAUGAUGAUAAUAAUAAUGCUAAUACUAGUGCGACGAACAAUGGGUCUUCUUUGCCACCAAACCAUGCGGACUCUGUCCAGAACGCUGCCACUAACGGCAAUGGCAGUGCCCCUGUAACAAGACGUAGGUACCAGGCGGUCAUUCAAACCAGCAAUGGCAAAGUGGCCAAGUUAUACAAAUGGGAUAAAAAUAAGAAACGGAGAAAUUUCUAUGACAACAGUGAUUAUCUAUAUGACAAAAUUCGUAUGCAUGUUCGUCUCAAUGAGGAGUACAACUUUACCGUAGAGGCAAUGCAUAUAGGUUAUGUGACUAUGUCCAUAACUCUUCUAGAUCUCGACAGUGAACAAACCGCUAAGGAGGGGGCAUACAGGGCUUUAUCCCAUGCCAAACUCGCCAUGACUGCUAUACGGCCAGAAAAAACGGCAGACUUUGUUUUUGAUUGUUCAGCCGCCGCGGUGGCCAUUCUCAUCAGCUUCGGAAUUGGAUGUGUUACAGACACAGAGAGUCUAAAACGUCAACUCAAAUACCCAAUGUCCAUUCUCAUUGGUGUGUGUUGUCAAUUCCUUCUGAUGCCUGUGCUAGCCUUCGGUAUAGCCAUGAUGCUGCCUCUAGAACUAAGCAUUCGAUUCGGUCUGCUGUGUGUGGCAUGCGUUCCAGGAGGUGGGCUUGGCCAUGUCGCAGUCGUGGUCAGUCAAGCUGACCUUCCGCUCAGCCUCGCUAUGAAUCUUCUCAGCAUCAUUGUCAUGCUAGGUACAGCUCCAAUGUGGAUAUCUGUGUUGGGACAAUACUUUGGACAGAAAAGUAUAUCAAAGGUUAUUUACAACUUUGAGAUCUGGCUGGCCUCCACGUUCUUUGCUUACACUGCCGGACUUGUGAUAAACCGUUUUAAACCAGGAAUGGCGGACGCCCUACUGACCUGGAUCAUCAAGCCAUUCCUUCUUCUCGCAACGAUAUUAUACAUUACCUUAGGAGUGUAUAUAAACAUGUACAUGUUCGAUGAUAUCAAAAUUUACGCUGUGUUAGCGGCACUUCUACUUCCAAUUACAGCUUUCGCCAUAACCUUUGGUCUUUCAAAAGUGUUUCGCCAAAAACCGAAAUUUUGUCAAUCUGCUGCACUAGAAACUUCUAGUUUCAACUGCCUAAUAGUGCUAGCUGCAAUACGGUUUACACUUCCGAAACCUGACGCCGAUUUAGCGUCGGAAAUACCUAUAUGGAUCAUGUUCACAAUUCCCGGGAUGUAUGUGAUUCUUUCCGUGAUUCGAGUGAUCAAAAAUUUUAUUUCCAAUUUUUUGGAAAGUCGAAAGCAACAACAAUUUCGCCAUUUUAGCAUUGCAUCAGGAAUAGUAAACCAGGCCAACAUGGCUGCCUUAUCAGCACCGCUAUUUGUGACUGAGGUAACGGACGAUGAGCAAGGCUCUGUGAGUGAAAAAAUCACUGUGUUAUAGCAUACAAAGUUAUAUAAUGGAGCAGCAGAAAAUAGUACGUGAUAAUGUAUCAUCUUAGAUGAGUAUAGACUCAGUGUACAAUAUUAUUAAUAUAUAUAUAUAUAAAUUCAUGAGUGUGUGGAUUGGAAACAGAUUGUUAUAAUUUAUUCAAAUUCCAGGAAUAGACGUUGCCAUGAAUGACCAUAUUUGGAAUAAGUGGUUGGCAUGUGAUUUUUUUUUUUUUUUUUUUUAUCAUUUGUUAAUGGUAUAUAUGUGCAUUUUGAUUUCAUCAGUAUCUUAGUUGAAAACGGGAAAGUUUCCCCUACUAUUCCAAUGACUGUCAAUGUGUAUACAACAGAUCUGUUAUACCUGUUUCAAGCUUCCCAAAUACCAUGAUGAUCAUGACCUCAUUCAUAAAUGCUCAUUAUACAUGUCAUAUAUAUGUCAGAAACCAAAAAUUAAUGAUUCCUCAAUGGGCUUGAAUUCCUUUUAAUUGAUUUCUGUAAUUAAUUAAUUUAAUUAAUGUUAUUAUGUAAUUUCAUGUAAUUAUAAGAGAACGAUGCAAAGAAAACUUUAUUUUGCCAAUAAUGUUACCAUUUUGUCCAUCAGUUUCUAUUCAAUUUUUCAUUUUCUAAAAUAAAAAAAUUCAUUUAAGAGUCGAUAUGAAAACUCUGUAUGUGUGUAUCCACUAGUAAAAUAAGAAGAUUGCCUGUACCAUAUUUAUCCUGCAAUAAGCCCAGGGGCCAACACACAAUUUUUGACUCAAAGUUCUUAAGAGUUGGCUUAUCACAAGCAGAAGAUCUAUAUUACUAUAUUAUAAGCUACCAUAAAUAGGGAUGGGCUUAUUACCAGGCAUGGGCUUAUUAUCUUCAGAUAAAUGUGGUACAUGCUAUUAUAUGAAAUUGUCCGUUAAAUAUAUAGGUUCAUCAUGAAUUUGUACACAUGGAGUAAGUAAAUACUAUAAAAGUGAUAUUAGUGUAGAAAAUCCUUAGCUUGUAAGCUGUAUGUAUUUAAAUAUCUAUUUAAAUAUUUAUAGCUUUUUCCUAUACAACUGUUUUGUUACAUCAAUAUAAACCACAAAACACAGUGAUAAUAUAUCAAGAGGAAGCAAUAACAGAAAUUUCUUGGCAAAUGAAGUAAAUCUAAUAACAGAAUAUAAUAUAAUGAGUCCUUAGCCUUGGGUAAAUGGUCGGCCCAGAAUCGCAACAUCAAUUAGGUAGAACCCCAGUGCUCUCAUACAGAUGCUAUACCGCCAAAGAUGAAUAUGUUUGAAAGUCUUCAGACUUACUUGGUCACCUGUUAUAGCAAAAAGUAGUAUAAUAACGACACACAUUCCCCAUUCUUUUGAUGAACUACGUGUACCGUAGUUACAACACAAGUUAAUGAAACAUUUAAAUGGCACAAACAAAAUACAAGGGAUAUUUACAGUACAUCUGAACUGAUGGCAUACCCAAAAGGUACACAAGUAUUGAUGACAUAAGACCACAGUACACAUAAAUUGAUGAAACAUUAAACAAGUAUUGAUGACAAAAGACCAUGGUACACACAAAUUGAUAAAACAUUUAACAGGCCCACAAAAAAAUACUAGGGUAUACAGUACACCUGAACUUAUGACACACUUGAAAGGUACACAAGUAUUUAUGACAUAAAAUCACAGUACACAAAAAAUAAAAGGGUAUAUACAGUACACCUGAACUGAUGACACACUUGAAAGGUACACAAGUAUUGAUGACAUAAAAUCACAGUACACAAAAAAUAAAAGGGUAUAUACAGUACACCUGAACUGAUGACACACUUAAAAGGUACACAAGUAUUGAUGACA